AUGACCCGGCCUGAGAGCCACUCACCUUCCAGCCCUCAAGACACUGCAGCCCUGGAGGCCGGAACACCCAGCAAAUGUGCUGAGAAGAAACCAGCUCAACCACUACACCGAGUUCUCCUGACCACUGGAUCAAUCACAAAGAGGAAAGAAGACGAGACACUUGGGUUCAUUGUGGAAGUCAAAGCCAACAAGCCCCAGAUUAAACAGGAUGUGCAAAGAUGCUACUCCUGUGAUGCGGCCCAAGUCAAUGCCCUGAUAAGGAGUGACAGACACAAGAAGGCAUAUGUAUGUUUCGCUGCCUGA